GAGGAAAGGUUUUCUGUUGUAUAUUUCGAUCACUAUUUUUUCGACUUCAUGUUGCGAAUCGGCCAUUAUUCUCUCGUGUGCUGACUAUAUGUGCACUGGACGCGCAGUUACGAGUGUUGCUAUCCUAUAUAUAAAGUAUUGUAGCGUCAUCAAUAAUAGAACAAAAAUCGUUGCAAAGCAUUUUUGUUUCUGAACGGGGUUUCGAUGAGUCAGUACUCGGAUGCGCGGAUCGUUGAUACACAUAUGUAUUUUGUAACGAGGCUGAUAUUACUACUUGCGCGAUCUGAAAUCGGCCAUCACGCAUUUUCCUUCGCCCAUACACAUACACAAGCGAAGUACAUAAUGCGAGUCCCAUCGAUAUUAUACCUACGUGAGAGAUGAGCAAUUGUUCCGCACGAUUUUCUCUACUUUCCGGCUGCGAAUAAUCAUACUCGAGACUCAUUGCUGAUCGAAUUAACGGUUUUUGCUUAACGCUUCGAAGCUUUCGUAAAAAGGGCCUUCCAUCCCUUCACCCCCUUCCCCCUUCGACUCUCUUUACAACCAAAGACCACAUGGUAUAUUGUUCCACAGCUUGCGUACGUGCUACGGUUGACAUUACGACGGAGAAGAGACAAAUGUGUUUGAUGUGUCUUCGUUGAUGAAAAAAUAUCAUGUGACGUGCACCAACAGUGCGUUAUUAAAAUUUUUAUUUGUAGAUUUUCGAUAAUCGUGACGCGAAUUUAAUGAUUGAAAAUAUCCAAACUUAUAUCUGUACAGAGGGGGUCAGUGAGUGAAAAAGGAGGCUCGACCAUAUGUAGUAUGGAUUAUCUCCAAAAGUUAGACUCGUAGAAGCUCGCCAACGAACCCGUGACUAGACAUUAUUUUUCAUGUCGGAUUCACGAAACAAAAUUACAGAUGCACAUCCUGAAUACAUCUGCUCUACGUCGUUUGGUGGAUACGCUGGAUAUUUCACGAUGGAAAAACAGAGUGAACAUUGCAGUACAGAGUGCGAUCGUCGGGUUUUCUCAAUAGAAAUAUUUGAUCGAGUAGGAUCAAACGGCCGACGAAUCCUUGGUCGUACUCACGAAAUAACUGCGACGUUUUGACGAACAAUGAAGACGGACCGUAACCACCAUAUUGGAAAAUUCAGAACUGCUCGCUCAUUUUUUUCGCAAUGCGACAUAAGAAUGAUUUUAAUCGACGGACCUUUCAUAUUUGAACACUGUUUGGAUCGAUCGUGAGAUCACUCCCAACAUGCAUAAAAAUUGACUGAGGAUUAAAAACUAAGUUAGUGGUGACGCUUGAAUGAAUUUUAAAUGUUUUUUAAUAAAAGAAUUUCGAUACCUACAUUUAAAAAAAAAACGAACGUUCUCUGCAACGCAGUUCGUUACCCGGAGAUGGAUGCUUUCAGCAAUCUGUGAAAAAUUGAGACUCUCUUUUACAGAACUGAAAAAUUCGAUUUUCAUUUUCUGUACAAAUUUAAGUAUUUACAGCAACUGCUAUAGAGAAGUGAAUACGUCAGACAAACAUUUCUUUUGACGUGGUCGUUUAAAGUACGUUGUGCGACGCAAAAAGACUUAACAUAUUUCGUCGUUGCCGCAUCUUCUAUUCAGAGUGAAAUAAUAAACGCGAGAUAAUCGUCAACGAUGUGUGCUUAAUGAUUUUGUGGACUCGAAGUAACUGAAAAUGUAAAGUCAAAUUUUGGAGUAGAGAUAAAUCGUAGAUUGCGUGAAAUAAUAUCGGUCGAAAAGUUUCCCUUGUAAGCCUGGAGACCCGCAUAAUUUCAACGGUGCCUGCCUACGCGAAACAAAACUAAAAUGGACGAGUACGAGAGGAAGUUCGCUGAGAUGCAAAAAUACAUUCCAUUUUUGGAGGCAAUGAUCGAGAGACUGAAAAAAGCCAAGGACCAAUCACGUGCCUCGCAGUUGCAAAAAUUGCAAAGCCUCCAUGGAAUACUUUCGGACAGCAAGAGGAAAUUAAAACUCGAUACUUUGCAACGGUGCGAGGAUGUUCUCCAGAAACUUCACAGUAAAGUAGAAAAGGGUAAUCCGUCGAUUCCGAAAGCGCAAAGUACUAAAAAUACUGAGAGUGCGAAGCCCGAUGUAUCAGGGCUUAUACAACCAAAGAUUGAGUGUACUACUACCGACUACAAAAGUAUUGAAGAUAACGAGAUGAAGAACAAAAUAGCAUUUGUGAAGAAAAUGGAGGACGACGAGACACCGGCGAGCCCGAGUCCGCCAGCCAGUCCUGAUCAAAUGCCAGACUCUACAAACGUUAAGCCUAUUAUAAUUCCCACCGAGCGUAGCGAUGGUUUUACAGACGGGAGAUCGGACGACAGACCAGCCAGUCCCGAUGCUUGUGAAAUGAUUGCAUCGAUUGGUCCCAGAGCACCUAUAAUCAUUCCUACGGAGCGCGAGACUCCGAAUCCAUUAAGAAAUAUUGAUCCUGAGGCUUCUAACCAGAGGAUACCAACUUGGACCUAUCCCGACAGUAUUCCCAACCGCGUCACACCAACGACGAAUCUUUGGCAGUCGAAUUCAGCGCCCAGAGGGACCGGAGCAAGGCCCCGAGUGAUUCGUCACAUACCAACGGUGCCAAUACCGUCCAAAAGUUGUGGCGGUGUGUUGAAGAAGCCUGUGCUCGUUCUGGACAAAGGGAGGAGCAGUCCAACGGGGCUAGAAAGUCCAGUCUCGAAAUUUGAUGCUCCAAGCACCGUCGACGCUCGUUUGCACUCGCCCGACCGUGAUGCUCACUUGCCAAGAGCAGCAGUGAAAACCUCUCCAAAAACGAAGGAUCUGCCUCCCAUUCCGAAACUGCCCACGACCUCGUUACUCGCAUCUCCACCCCCGGUACUCACGAUACCACCGCUGACGAGCGAGGACCUCGCGGAACUCUUGCAAGACGAAAGUGAGAAACAGGAUAACAGGAAAUCUGAGAUUUCGAGUAAACCGAGUGACACGAGGAAAACGAGCAUCGAAGGUGGGAAAAAUGAGGCGAGAAAACCCGAGAAAGAUACCGAUGGAAAGUCGUCCGCACGGGCAGCAUCGGGUUCGAGUAAAAAGGAUGAAAACAGUUCCAAGAACUCGGGACCCACGGCGAUGGAUGUCGAUCAAGAGGCCGAGUGUCGUUGGGAGGAGAUUGACAGGCCAAUCGUUAAGCUACUCAAUCACGAAACCAGUCGUAGAACAUUCGCGAGUUCUUCGGGCCCAUCGACGAAGCACGGUGAAUCGAGAGCUUCGUCGAGUUCUUCCUCGACCAGCAUGGAUAGGCCCACGGAUCCCCGAAAUCGGGGAUCUUCCCCGUCGAGAGAUCGCCACAAUCCAUCGUCCGAGGUUCGUUACGCCGACAAUUAUGAAAAGCAUCCCCGCCAAUCCCGCGAUAAUUACAAGUCCGGCUCGCAGUCCGAUUUGAAUACGAUGAACAGUGCCUUCUCACGCAAUUCCGAAGUCGAGUCCAGAUCGGCUUCGGAGGAGCGAAGCUCAGCUUUGUACCAUCGUCGGUCCUACAGCACCAAUGGUCCAUCCUAUCAGGAGCUCGAUCCGAGGAGAGAAAAAAGCGUUGAGUUUUACAAGAACAUCGUCCAGAGGGAGCUCGAGCGUGAGCGUGAAAGGGAGCAGGAAAAGCAGCGGGAACGAGAGCGUGAGAUCCAGCGAGAACGCGAGCGCGAGCUCCAGCGCGAACGCGAACGAGACAUUCAGCGCGAGCGUGACAUCGAAAGGGAGAUUUUGAAUCAAGGCUCUGGCAGAGGAAUGAAUCACCAUUCCCCGGGAAGGGGCGGUGAAAUGUGCAACCAGAAUCAGUGGGGCCCGAACGUAAAUUACCCCCAAGGACCGAACAUGUACCCGCAACAGCAGCAACAGCGUCCGGAUCGUUGGAUGCAGGGAGGACCGAAUAAUUUACCAGUAGAACCUCACAUGAUGGUCGAACCGGGAGGUCACAUGAGGCAACAACAGUACCAAGGACCGCCCAAUUCCUGUGGGAGACCAAUGCUCAGUCCCCAGGACAUGAACAUGGGGGGACCGUGCAUGGAUAGAAAUAUGGGGCCGUGUAUGGACAUGAACAUCGGGCCUCGCAUGGAUCAGGCUUGCAUGGACAUGAAUAUGGGACCUCGUAUGGAUCCAGGCUGCGGGGACAUGAACAUCGGUCCAUGUAUGGAUCCAGGCUUCCGUGACGAUAUGUCAAAUCCAAAUAUGGGACCUCAAGCGAUGGCUCAUCAGCAGCAUCCGAACGCGAUGCCAGGAAUGAUCCCACCCCAAGGCUACCCGAUGGGGGGAUCCCAGUACCACCAAUUUCCUCAGGAAAACCGAGGGAAUGUUCAGCAGUUUGAUCGACCUCAAGAUUUUCCACAUCCCAGACAAUCGUGGGAUCAAUCUAACAGCAGACCGAACGACAAUGUUCAGUACCCGAGAUCUCAAGGCCCUUCGGGUCCUCCGCAGGGUCCGUGGAAUCGAGCGAACAGAGGAGGCGCCGUGGGGGUCGGACCUCAGGCGGUUCAGCCGCCUCUGAUGACGCCACCGCUCGUUCAGGCUGCGCCGCCUGCACAGGGGAAUAGGAACUACAACGAGAGGGCCAGAGGCCCCGAAACUUCUCGCAACUCUUAUAACCGUGAUCCUCGUGAUUCACGGGAUCAUCGUGACUCGCGUGAUCCUCGAGAUCCACGCGAGCCUCGUGACUCACGGGAUCCGCGAGAUCCACGUAUGCGUGCGGAAGGAUCGACGAAUCUUCAGAACACUAAUGUUCCUGCGUCAGGAGGACCCCCCGCCAAUUCGCGAAGAGAAUUCAAUCGCUUUUCCAAAGACUCGUCUCAGGGCUUUUCUCACUCGGCCAAACCUAGAGAUAACUCUUCUUCGAGCGAUCGCAAUCCACGGAGAAGAACCAACGAUUCGAAGGAUUCGAACAAAAAUUCCGCACCGAAAGAAAAAGAGCCUGAACGCGAGCAGAGCCGGAAAAGAGAGGAAAAGAAACGAGAUCCGAAGAAUGAUAAAAAAAAUGACAAUGAGAGCGGCAACAAGGAUACUGAAAAAUCCUCGAAGGACGUCAUGCAAUCGCCUCUGGAGAGCCUUUACGGGGUUGUUGAUACAACCGCAAAAACUGGCAAAGGUUAUGGGCUUCAGCAUUUUAGGAUACCAAAGAAACCGAAGCCUCAGCAGUCCCCUCCAAAAGCCACCGCCGAAGUCCCAGUUGACGAGCAUUGGGAUGCGCCUGGCGAUCACCAAGACGGCCUUAAUACAAACGAUAAACAUUCCGAGAUUACGGAGAUUCCUCGAGGGGCUCGUCGCAAAGAGGCGGAUGACAAAAAAUCCGAAGUCACUAGUACGACCGGUGAAUCUUCGGACGAUCCGCAAAUAAUCGGGGACUCGAAUAACGCAAGCUCCAAAGAAACUCUGCCACGACCAAGAGGCUCGCACAAAUCUGCGAAGAAACUUCCUGAAUCCGAGCAGAUCGUUGACACGUCAACGCAAAACGUGGAUCACUCGAGUGCAGCCAGGCCGAAAGAAAGCGAAGCACCGAAACUGAAGGACGAAGUUGUUACGCAGGAAUUGAUUCAAGCUCUCAUACGGAAAUCGUUGUUGGAGUCUGGCGAUGUUGUCGAACUUUUUGAAAGCAAGUUCAUGCAGAGAGUCGGUGAGGCUAUUCAAAAGAAAGGCUUCAAAAAGUUUCUCAAUAUUAUUGACUCGGACUCGAGCAGUACUUCUGACAAAGAAAAAUCGAGUGAAAACAAGAAAAGUAUUACGAAGAAGAAACGACGCGUUAUCCUUUCCGAUAGCUCCGAAGACGAAUGCCUUGCCGAGCGUUUAGAUAAAAUCGAUACUGCCGACAAUGACGCGACCAGUGUCAAAACGUCCCAAGUCAAAGGAUCGAUCAAAGAGAAAGGAAAGAAAAAUUCCGCAAAAGAGAACGUCGAGAAGAAUCUCGAUGGAAAUAGCACGACGAAUGAAACGGUGGAAUCAGAGAAAGAUGGAACGAACGAUACUCAAGAUCUGUCAAAUCAAACUGGAAAAAUAGCGAGACGACAAAGAAGGCAUCAAAGGAGGAAAGCGAAAGCUGCAAGUGUGGCACAGGAAACCGCGCAAGCCAGCGAGCCCGUCGUUGCUGAUACAAAGGAGCAACAGACGAACGAGAAAUUGGACGAGCCGCCAAAAACUCAGUCAGGAAAGCCCAAACCAAGACGUCGCAAUUCCUUAGAGAUGCUCCAAGAGGACAUCCGUGAAAUGUUCAUCAGCGAAGGCGUGAUGACCGCCACGGGACAUCGAAUGUGCAGGCUCAUUAAGGAAGCUCAAGAAAAUUUGACCUCGACUGCAGAGAGCCAAGGGAAAAAAGGCUCCUCCGGCUCGUUGGAUCGGCAAAGCGCGAGAAACGAAUCCGACGCCGAGGACGAAAUACAGCGUCCGAACUCGGUUAAUUCGAGGGCACGACGAGGUCGGGGAAACGGACGUAGGCGACAGAGAUGCAGGACAAAAAUACAAAAAUCUGUUAAAGAAAUCCCAAGCUCCGACAGCGAGACUGAGGAUUCGAUUAAAACUGAAAUAAGCGUGCCGAACGAAUCGAAUGAGAAUAAUGAUAAAACUGGGGAUGCCUCGUCGAAAGCGGAUAAUAAUUCGAAGAGCAGCAAGGAGGAUACCGACGCAUCCCAUUUUCUGCGGCGCAGCGAAAGAGUUGGACUUCGUGAUUCUACCAAAGGACAGAAAAGUCAGGGAAAAUCGGACGCUAAUAAAAUGGAAUCUUCGAAAAUGAUGUUCGACUGCUCGUCGGACGAGAGUUUCGGGAUUGACGUGUCAGAGUUGACAGCCGCGGUAGACAUAUCGUUGCAUUCAGAGUCCCGGGGGCGCAUAACAUCGUCACCAGUGGCGAAAGGUUCCUCUAACGUGAAGUCGAAAAAGCAGAAGGCCGGAAAAGCGAAAGAGGAGGGUGCAGGCAGGAAUGAGAAAAGUGAGAAUGUCGCUUCGGCCGACGAGGUGGAGAGCAUAGCGUCCGAUCUGUCAAGAGCGAGCAGCCUUACGCGUGGGAAAAAGGCAAAUUCGAGUGGCCCGAAGCAAGACAGAAACGACGAAUUGAUGAGUGACCUUCUCACGGGUCUGGUCGAUUCUAAAAUUCCAGGAAACAAAAGCGUCGACGGUGACACUGAAAACGAGAAUACGAUGAACUCGCAAGAAGCUAAAAACACAGGGCGAAGGAGAAAGAAGAAAAAAGCCAGCUGGGCAUUGGGUAUCGUAAAGAAAAAGAAAAAGAAAAUUCCAUCGCCAACCUCGACGCCCUCUAUCGAGGCAGAAAUCUCGAACGCCGAUGGCUCUCCUCACGACACUUCCUUCGAUAAUACGAACGAAGUUAAUGUUAAAAUGAAAGAAGAAAUUCUCUCGGACAGCUCACCGACUAAAUGCACCGCCGGAGGAAUACCCGAUGCCGAAACGAAAGGACCACGCGCUGUUAGAAAAUUAGAGCCGUUGAGUCCACAAAAAAGUAUUUCCUCCGUCAACAAUUCGUUGACCAACUUCGACGAUACGAGCGAGGGUGAAAAGCAAUUGGAUGAAUUAUUAAUGGAUGACAGAGUCGACGACGAGAGCGAUACACCCAUACAGGCUAAACCUAAAAUUUUCAGUACCGAAGAAUUGUUGAAAUACAUUUGGCUGCCGAAGCAGGACCGUUUCAGCUGCCUCUACUGCUCCUGGAACGGUAAAAACAUCGUUCAUCACUACGCCCUCAACCAUGGAACCCAAGAGACGCUGAUAUCGCGCUUGUCAAUCGAGCAAUCUAAAACAGCCAAGGAAGAGUCAGCUUCGGGUGACUACGAGAAGAGAGAACCCAACCCAGUGACGACGGAGACCCGCAAAUUCCUGUGCCGUUUUUGCGCUUUCCAAACAGUCGGAUCACCGGCGAUAGCGAUCGAAGCUUUCUACGAACAUUGUACCACGCACACCGGCGAAUACAGAUUCCGUUGUCGAACUUGUACUUAUCGAACGGUCGCAAGAUCCUCGAUGAGGACGCAUUGUUCCCGUCGACGGAACAAUCCUUGCAGGGUUGAUUAUGCCAAUACGUCUAUGGCGUUCGUCGAAGACCCGAUACCCGACGACGAUUUUCUGCGCGGUUACAUGUGCGCGGCUUGCAACUUCGUACAGCUCAAAGAGUCCAAUGUCGUGGACCACGUGAAGCUGCAACACGCGACUUCCCCCGACACUGAGAUUUUGAAAAUCGACAUGUCAUCGCACGUGGAGGACGAUCUCGAUUGCGACAUCGGUUCGGAGGAUACUAAGCCCGAGCUCAAGCUGGAGGACGAUUUGAAAGCCGAAGUGGAGGUCGACAAUGUUGAGGCUCCAGAAUUGGAUAGUUCGAGCCUUCCGUUGACAGUUGUCACGGGAACGGUCACCGGCUCAAUCGAAAUUGACGAGGAAACUUUCAAGAACGAAACCCUCAAAGAGGAAGACGUUGCCGACGCUGCCAAAUCGACGAACGGAGCUUCGGAAGCGGAGACCGUGACUGCCCAAGAAACGGUGACUGGCAAUCUCAACGCUUUCGUAUGCCCACCGGAAUUGGAGAACAAAGAAUUCGAAAUACAGCUCGAGCGCCGAAAGAAGAUGCAAGAAAUCGUCGACAACAUCGGCUUGUCGAGCAAUUUGAACGAGAAGAGAGAUCUCUCGAUUCUGGAAAAGCUUAAAGAAAAAAUGACGGAAAAUCUGAGCAAAGAUGCUGAGGAAGGCGAAGCUGAGGAGCAGGAAACUCCGGAUAAAAGCGACGUUCCGAGCGAAGAAACGCCGGCUGUGAGCUUGCCCGUUUUGUUACCCGAUUCGGUGACUUCGCUCGCUCCUGAAGCCGAGUCCGGAGAACAAAUUGAAAAGGAGUCUGACGAUUCUAUAAAAAAAGAGGCCGAAGAACCGGUCGGCGGUUUGCCCCGAGCCUCCAAAGAUGAGAUUGAGUCUGAAACGGAGGACAAAUCCGAGAAAAAGUUGAAGGAUCCUCUGGCGAAUUUGGAGGGAGGUCACAGAGACGACAGUAGCGAGAACGACGACGACAGCGACGUCGAGAAUAUUGGAGAGCAGCCACCACAGUCCUACGAUUCCGACAGCAGUACAGAGCAAUCCGACACCGAGAUUCCGGCGGACGUGAAUUCGCUGCUCGAGGAAACUUUCAGCAUAAACACAACCUCGAAUGCGCCAAUGAUGACGACGAUACAGCGUCUCGCCGCAAAGUUACAGAGUGAAAAACCGUUCGUCGCCCCUCCCGGUAAUCCAACAUCGGAACACGCCGCAGAGAACACAGAGCAGCAAGAAACCUCGGACGGAAUUAUUCCUAAAAAACCGAACGCCAUUCCGAUAUCGAGUAUCCAAAGGUUUUUGGAUAGGCGAAACGCCGUGUUGCAGGAAGUCGUUAAAGAAUUGAGCGAUAUUAACGACAAAGAUUCGAAGCUCGCCGUUCCCCCGUCGCCGAGCAAGUCUCCGGUCGCAUCAGCCCCAGUGAUCGUAUCAUCGCCACCGAAGAAAUUCAUCCGUUUGCGGAGGUUGAGCGGCGACAAACUUUCUGUGCCGGGUCCUGCUGAGACGUCAGCCGUGAUAACGCCCGUAGCAGUUUCGCGCGCAUCGAGUUUGGACAGCAACACGUCGGAGGGAGUCGGAGAAGUUUUGCCGCUGGACACCGAAGAGGAAUGUUCGUUUCUUCGUAUCGAAAACGUCGUCAGCCUCGCGCCGGGAAUCGAGAACAAUCCGCAGGAGACGACGGUCGACGACAUUAGGAUAGCCGUAGCCAAUACAACCCUGAAGAGUUCCAACCCGAUAUCGUUGCUGAGGAAAAACACUUCAAACUUUUUGAAGCGUCCCGCUCCUGGGAGCACGAAUCUGGGAUCAGGCAACCUGCCGUUGAGGCCGGUUGGAACGAUACCGAUUGCGAAUCUCCAGGUCAAACCAACUUCGGGACUGCAAUCGACUUACAUACCGAUAAGGCCAGCACCGACCCCGGCUAUCGGCGUACCGAUCAAACCAUCAGGAUCGAUGCCGACGAGCUCCUCGCCGGGGAGACCGGCGUUAGCCGUGCCGAUUCCAAACGCUGCUGCGAGGCCGACGGCCGUGCCUGUACCGGUGGGUGUACCAGUGUCUUCCUCGGGGAACAAGAACUUCAAAAUCGUUAAGGUCGUCCGAGGGCUUACACUUUUGAAGCAGAAAGACAGCACGCACCGUAAUUUUGGCAUUAAAAUGAAGUCCAUCGAGGCUUUCAACACAAUGUUACAACCGGAAAAGCUGCGUCAAUUUUACAAGUGCAUGGCGCGUUCCUGCACUUUUUCCACCGAUUGUCAACAAUCUUUCGGGCUCCAUUACCGCCAGCACAAAGAGAACGUCGAUCGUACUAAAGGGGUCAUGAGUACGUACGAUUUCCAAAGAUGUGCCUAUUGCACGGAGACUCUCACGACUUGGAAUGCGAUGAGCGAACAUCUCAAGGACAAACAUAUUUACUGCCAGUAUCAGUGCCAUCAUUGCUUUUAUAGAGCGAUCGCACAAUCUUACGUCGAAUUACAUCACAUAACGGUUCAUCCGAGUACUCCUGUCCAAGUAUUGCUCGGACAGAGGGAAAAUCCACCGAUCGAAGUGAUAGACCGACGUGAAUUUGUCAUUCCUUUCGUCUGUCAUCACGAGUGCGGAAAAUCGUUUUACGUACCGGGAGCCUUUCUCGGUCAUCUUCGUACCAAGCACGGUAAUUCUUUGUCCAUUUUCAAAUGUCAUCUGUGUCCAGCGCCUUCCUUCAAAGCCGAAACACUCGUCGCUCAUUACAAACUCCACGGGAUCUACAAGUACCAAUGUCUCUAUUGCUUGUUCGGCUCGGAACAAGCCAGCGAUGUUCACGCUCAUUUGAGCGCUUCUCACUACAACCGGCCCCCCCACGUGCUCGAGAGAACUCUGCAGCCUCGUCCCGUUCGGGACAAAGACGUUAUACAGCAGUUGAUCGUUCACAACGUCGACGAGAGCUACAAGUGCUCGGAGCUUACGAUCUUACCUGGUCAAGAACCGGUGGAAGCGCCGCAAAACAGGAGCUGGCUGCAGGUCGAUCGGAAUUUGUCGAACGAUAAUUCAUCGGUUGUUGGAGAAAUUACUUUGCCUAUUGGAAAUAUCGGUAUGAGCAGACUUUUUUCUUAUGAUAAAUUGGACUCUACGGAACCAGCAACGUCUCCGAGAGUCUCCACUCCUCCGAGUAGUAACGCGGUGCCGGUUAUAACUAAAAUUCGUAAAGUUUCACCUACUAAAUCGGCGGAAAACGUUCUUACAGUCGGUGAUAACAGUGUCAUAAAAAAGGUUCCUAAAAAAGAGAAUUCCAGCCCUGAAAAAUCGGUGCCGGCUUCGUCGUCGUCGUCGUCGUCGUCGUCGUCGUCUGCUGAUGCAGUUACGAUCACACCAUCAUCUGCGUCCGCUUCGAACAGCAAUCAUCAAGGUAACGAAGAAUUUAUAAAUUUAAAUGUUCUGGAGAAUCCCGCGUUGCUCAAGGACGUUGGACGCCCGAGCGCCGCGAAAAUACCCGCCAAGUCGGUCGAGGUCAACGAUGACGAUAGCGACAUCGAGAUACUCGAAGAUAUCAAGGCUCCUCCGAAAAAACCUAACGCAAACAUGAAAGUCGACAGAAAGCCAAUUUUCGUUGCGGUGAAGGAUGAAACAAGCGCUCCAAUGAAAGCAGAAACUCCUGCUAGUGCUGAAACGCCAACGGAUCCCCAGCCAUUCGAUAUCUGCAGCAGUAAUGAAAAUUCUUUGGAUGCGAAUACGGGAACGAAUCAAAGCUCCACGGAAACCGAAGAUACUUCCGGCAGACCUAUGACCUUGGAAGAUAUACGAGAUACCGGAUUUACGGGCUCGCAACUGUACAUAUGUGGCUACGAUGGUUGCGAAUACGGUGCUGAGACUUCCGCUGAAUUGAGGACUCACAUCAAGGAAUGCUUUUACGCAUCGGAAACAAAGAGUCUGAACUGCGUUCAUUGCAACAAACGUUUCAUGAAAAUUGGCUUUCUUGUCGAACAUUUCAAGCUCCACGGGCUCAAGCGUUUCGGUUGUUCAAUGUGCAAAGGUCGUUGGCCAAUGCCUUAUCAAGCGAUGUCUCAUAUGAAGAGCAAGCACAAGCAGACUUAUACCAAACUCAUUCCAGCUGAUCCGAAAAAUCCAUCUGCCGAAGGUCUCUACAUCGUCGAACCAAUACCUACGAACGGUACGUGUAGAAAGCAGAAGCGAGGCCGGGUGAAGUCUUCCGACAAAGACGAUAAUAAAUCUGACAUUGAGAAAACGUACUACGGGCCCACGGACAUUGAAUCGUUGCCUCGUCAGGCGAUAUACGGACGCGAAGUACACUGCGCUGUUUGUCCGUACACCACCAAAGUACGCACAAACAUCUUGAGACACUUGCAGCUUCAUGCCGAAGACAAAUCGGUGCCAGAGUCAGGCCCAGUCAAUCCAGUUCCAUGUUUGGACAAAAAAGAGAGAAUGUUUGAUAAAAUGGUCAAUCUGGCGAGCAGUUCUCAUCAGAACGGUCGAAUGAGCACCAAGACUUCGAAGGAGCCGAAGGUUGACAACGAUGCUGAAUUCCUCCCGAAAUUUAUUCCCGAAAAUAGAAGAUACGUUUGUGGUGUUACGGACUGCAAUUACGUUUCCCUCAACGAAACGAUGUUAAGGUGUCAUCUCAAAGCUCUCCAUUCCGAUGAGAUAUACUUUCGUUGUCCUCACUGCCCCGCACCGGCACCGGGACACGAGACCCAGAACGUAGCCAUUGACAAAAUGGCGGUACACUUGAAAAUGCACGAUAGUAGACUUUACAAAUGUUCACACUGCAAUAAUCACCAUUUCCAUAGGCAUGUUGUUGAACGUCAUCUCAGCGACAAACACCCGGAUGUAAAUCCUUACGUAAAAGUGAUCCGUGAACCGGAAAAUACGGAAAAUGUUCAACAAUCAGGAAAUCAGGACGAUGCUCAGGGCGAUGAGGCGUCAGCAGACGUCGACGGUUAUCACUGGAAAUGCAAUGUAUGCGAAUACAAAUGUGCGUACAAGGUUGAAAUGGGAACUCAUGCAUUGAACGUUCAUGAAGAAAAGGGACAAUUUAAAUGCAACACCUGUUCGUACAAAACGAACAAUAAAAUGAGUUUCGAACAGCAUUUGAACGCAAAACAUCCGUACGAUUUGAAUGCCGAAAGUUCGCUUAUUUACCAAAAGAUGAAAGGUGGCUUGAAAAAAGCAGUAGCGACGGCUGAGGGCGCUGAGAUUAAUAAUCUCGAUGAGCCGUUCGACACGACGCCUCUCUGGCGACGUGAUAUGCCUAGAGUACGUCACAUACGUGGAAUUCUCUUUGAAGAUGAAAAACCCGAAGGCAAAUCGAACAAGCGAAAAUCCGAUGUCGAACCGUCUCCGAAACCGGCGAAAAUAAAACCCGGAAAAUCUACAGCAUCCGAUACGCCGAGUGUCGAUAAGGAGAGUGAUUCAUUGUGUAACGAAACGGUUUCUUCCGAAAGUUCGAAAGUCGAUUCGACUCUUGACAUCGCCGAGAGUUUCAGAGAAGCUGAACCUGGCAGCUCAACAUUCACCACCGUUGACAUCGACAAGUUGAUUCGAAAAUUCGGACCCCUCGGUUCACCGAUCGCUAUUUUCUAUCGUUGUACCAUUUGUCAAACUUUCAAGACGAAAUACAAACACGAUAUGAGAGAUCAUCUGUACAGAGAUUUGAAAUAUUGGCGUUUUCGAUGCAAAGUUUGUGGAUAUAUGGGAGUGAAUAAAAAGGCGAGUCUCAAGCAUUUCGAGAGGGUUCAUGAGCCCCGGCAACCAACGGCUAAAGAACAAACGAUACUCCCUCCUGAUCACGAGCUUGAAACCUGGGUGCAAGCGCUCUUGAAAUCUCAAUCGAAUCAGAUGCGCGGAUUUUCCACUUCUUCCGAUGGUAAUUCACUGCAAGAUGUGAAAGUGCGAAAGAACAUUUCUUCGAAUGCUCGACGAUCGUCAAUGGAAAGUCUAUCCUCACCGAUGAAAGAUGGUAGUAAGAAGGGUAAAACAUUGGACUCCCCGCAAAAGAUUACCGAAGGAAAGAAAAAAACGAGUUCGAAGAACGAUGAAAAUUCAAGCACGAAUGAAAUUGUCAUUGAUAUUGAGAGUAAUGACAGCAACGAUUUCGAUGCACUCGCCAUUGACAACAAAGAAGGCUUUGACGAAGACGAUUUUCCUGACGAAACUUCAAGCGCAGGUGAAUUAAAAAUAACUGCAAAACUUCCGAUAACGUGCAAGUACUGCAACACGAAACUUUCAACUCUUCGGGGCUUCAAGUUACACAUAGAAAUUCGCCAUUUGAGACGCAGACGACUGCAAUGUGUCUACUGUGACACCAGUUUGAAUAGCGAACAAAAUAUGCUGAAACACUUGCGGGUUGUUCACUCCGGAGAAAUGCCUACGAUUCAAAAAAAUCCUGAAGCGAAUCCCUCAGAGUUGACGACAGAAUUUUGGGAAAAGGAAUAUAAAUUUAUGACCCGAGAAAAAGGGAAAAAACGUAAACGUAACGAGGAAGCAGCCCCGGCAGUCGAUAUUUAUGAAAAAACACCAGGAGUUUACCACGUUUGUAACAAAUGUGGUUUCCGUGCUAUUAAUCAUUUCGGUCUGACCGUUCACAUGCGAAGACACGCGACGUCGAAAAACUUCAAGUGUGCUUAUUGCUCGUAUGCGGCCAGUACGCAAUCUGAACUUUGGCAACAUUCUGAACUCAACCAUUCGAACUUAGACUGGAAGGUGGGCAAUGGCGAUUUGAACACAGUUGAUAAAUCCGAGAUUAUGAAAAAUACAAUGACGAGCAAGGAUCGAUUGAGUGAAAAUUAUGACGAGGAAGCAGCUUCUACUUCUGGAAUUUCCGGUUCUUUUAUCGUGGCCAAAUCGGACAUGAUGUAUACUUGCUUUUACUGCGAUUCAGGAAAUUCGACGUUGGACGGUGUCGAGGAGCAUUGGAACCUGAUGCACAAAGGCACGUUGAGUCUGCCUUUCCGUUACAAGGAGAUACCAUUUGACUCAGCGAAAAAUACUUUGAGAUGCGGCUACUGUCCUAAGCGAGGAACAGCCGCUCAGAUACGCCUGCACUCGCGGAAAAAACACGCCGGAAAAGCUGUUAAAUUUGUCGAAAUACCGAUAGUUCCGAUAGCCUGGGUUUGUCAAUGGUGCGAGGACGUUUGCGACAACGAAAAUCAGAAAAAGUUCCAUCACAAUCUGUUCCAUUCGCACAAAGUACCAAACUUUAAGCGUCAAGAGAUAAACACCAAGGGUUCCCCGGCACACGAGUGUCCCGAAUGUCCGUUCAAAGCGACUUCUCGACCAGCUAUGGAAAAACACUUGGAAAAACACGUUGACAGUGUUAUUUGCAAACGUUGCGAUAAAACAUUCCGCGAUGUGAGCAUCGGCAUUUUGCACAAUACUCAAGCUCAUCCGGGCGAAGUCUCUAAAAUUGAAGGUUUUAAGACCAACGUUGAAAAAAUGAUGGCUCGUGUCAAGUGGUGUAACGACGUUAAUCAGGACAGAAAUACUUUUGAAACUGUCGCCAGAUCGGCGCUUGAAAAUACUUGGAAACAUUGCGGCGUGGCGAAAAAAUCAACGACUAAAUCAAUAAUUCCAGUACGCCCUGAGCCCAAGUGCAUCAAAGCUGUCGCCCGAAAAUCCACUAAUCCUUUACCCAGAUAUCCCCCGGGUACGAGAUUUCUCAUUCCGGAAGAUUCUUACGAAGCUGUCAAAAUAGAACGAAAUAUUUCGUACUACGGUAAACCAAUUGUUCCUGUGAAUUUGAACAACAUCAGUACCUACAUGACUUUGAGUGGUGGACGUCGAAUGAAAGUUACUUGUUCAUCACUCGCACAAUUCAUCGACAUAGAACCGAGCGUUAUCGUUAAGGAUCUCAAGCACAAAGUCAAGUGAUUUUAAAUCGAAUGUCGUAAAGCACCAUGAAGAUGCUUGCAUUGAAACCUUGACUGAAACUAUUUUUCACAUCAAUUACUGAAUAUUUCAAGAAAAAAAAAUCAUGAUAAAAAGUUUUCAUAGAACUCGAAUUAGUUCACAUCAUGUUUUAAAUUUCGAUCAAAUUGAAGUACUUCGAACAAGAAACUUGUGGAAAAUCGUAUAUAAUCUUUUGGUACAACGUAGUUAGGGAUGCAAUCAAAGUUGAUCUUAUUUACAAGUAAAUUUUCCGUGAUCAAAUAAAUCAAGGCCGUGUACAGUUUUUAAAAAGUACAGGUGAAUAAUCACGAGGCAGUUAAUAAGUAAUAUGGGAAUCAAAAAUAAUUUCUUUUUUUUUUUUCGUAAUUUAUCGUGAUAUUCUGUCUUUCCGUUGACAUUUAGUAUUACUUUUCUAAUAGUAUACAUGUAAAAUAAAAAGCUUCAGUACGAAAUCUCAUUUACUCAUGGAAAAGAUUGCAGAAAGCGAGUGCUUAUUUUUCCGAAAUUCAACGACCAUUACUGUAUUUUUCUCAUAUGGUGUGUGUACUGCCCUCGCCCCCUCUUUUUUUAUUCACUUCUGCCAUGACUCACAAUGCAAAAAAGUUGUCAACCAGCACGGUUGCAUCCAAAGUUUUGUGAGAUCGCCCGGCUCGAAAAAGAAGUAUAAAAAAAACAAGACUGAAAAGUGUCCUGUAAAACAUGAGGCGGAUUGUAGCUGUAUAUUCUACCUGUAAAUAUUGUAUAUCAGAAAAAAUUCAGGAAUAAAUAUUUUUUUGAUUUUUACAAAGGUUUUCAAAUGCGAAGACAAAGAGUUCCGUAAAUCAGAAGUUUUAGAAAACGAAAUCCCUACGCUCCAUCGAAAGUCACACAUACGAGGGUAGUUUCGAGUAAUAUACAUCCACUCCGACUGUUCAUACAUUUUUUUUUUAAUAAAGUUUUAUUGUUAUUGAAAAGCGACGUCAGAUUACAAAGAUUGUACUUAAACGAAAUAAAACACUCGAGCGAUGAAACAUA